ACCAGCAGUGAGACAGCAACCGGCAGUGUAAGCACACGACAUCGAGGACAGCAACGAUGAGAACGACAGCGACGCCGUGACAAAUGAAAUCUCCUUGGAUUUUGUUUGUUUGGUUAAUCGGUAUUUGGUACGGGGUAGGCAGAUUAAUUAAUGCGAGACGUGAACAGAAGGUGGCAAUGAGACAGCCAGCUCGAUCCAUUUGGGAAUCGGCCAGUCGACCGUUGUUCGUGCGCUCCGUUUGGCUGGAGAGGAUCGGAGAGACGGGGCGCAGUCAUCGACGUCACUUUAUACUCGAUUAUGAGCCGCGCGACCGACAGCGUUGGAUACACUCUCAACGCCAAAGCGCCAAACGCGUUGGCGCCAGCUAUCAAAGCGAAUCCUGCCAGUUCGUCGACAAGUCAAUGGCAAUUGAGGAUAGCGUUGAUUACACCCUCGACGAGUAUCUGCUGUUAGACGCGACCAAAUUAACACUGCAGCGCCAGCAGCAAGUUAGCCAGGCCCAGGCUGCCAUGGCCAACAAAGUGCAGGCCACGUUUAGUACGCUGCACAGCAGACGCCAUGCCAAGCGACGUGCCUGGCUGGUGAGCAGUGGCAAGAGCUAUCAACUGGACCAUCAUCACCUAACAGAUCAGCACUCGCAUUUGCAUUCGCGGCGUAGUUCGCUGCAGGAUGCACACGCCGGCAGCACUCUCACCACCAAUCCGGAGGAGCGUCUGGCGGAGCGUGUGAUUAAUUGGCUGGACUUGGCAGGUCGUGCGGAUAUCGUGAAGGUUGCGACGCCAGCGACACCUGUGACUAGCAGCAGCGCAAGUCAGCGAGUCAGUCGACAGGGCCAUCGUGGCAUGGGCCUUAAGCGCUGUGCCACGGGCACAGUUUCACAGCGGGAAACACCCAGGAAAACUGUGACAAAGCAGGCGGUUGUGAAUUACUGCUCGAAUCCAUCCAAUGCCAAGCCCAUUACAAUCAUCUUUAACAAGGAGGGCGUGCCGGUGCGCCUCAAUCGGCCAGCGCGCAAUAUUGAUCUCUGUUCGCUGAGCACCAGCGCCAGCACAACACGCCGUCUGGCCGGACAAUUGGCAUCUGCCAGGUUGUACAAUGGCACUGCUGGUGCUGCUGCUGCUGCUCCUUCUGCUACUGCUGUUGCACCCACUUUGGAGCGAACACGCACCCCGCCGCAAAGCAGUCGUGGCUUGACCGCCAAGCAACAGGAGUGCCGCAAGCAGUUGCACAUCUUCAUGCCAAGUUUGCCAAAGAAGGGUUUGCUUGUGGCAGCAACAAGCAGUGAGGAUGCGCUUAGCGCCAGUUUCAGUGAUUUGUAUUUUUAAACACUGAAACUAACAGAACUUUAUGGUUUUUGUAUCUUUAAUAAAAUAUUCCUUUAUAUUCCUUAAUA